UCAUUAUGCAUGUUAGCUACAAUUACAAAAAGCAAAAACCAUGAUAUCAGCUUGGAGAAAGCUUACAAAAAAGCAAGAUGAAAAGCAUGUUUUUCCAGUUGGUAUUGCUCCUGUUGAGCAGUCAAUGCAGAAAAAAUAUGCUAAAGGUGUUCAGUAUAACAUGAAGGUAAUUAUAAAAGGGGAUCGUAACACUGGUAAAUCAACCCUGUUGCAUCGUUUAACUGGUGGGAAAUUUAAGGAGGAGUAUCUACCAACACAUGAAAUACAGGUGGCAAAUGUGAACUGGAAUUACAGAGGUGCAGAUGAUAUAGUCAAAGUUGAAGUUUGGGAUAUUGUUGAUAAAAGUUCGCGAAAACGAACUCAGAGUGACUCACUUAAAAUAACGAAUGAUGAAGUUCAGGAGUCACCAACUGAUGGAAUGGCGUUGGAUGCAGAGCUUAUAAAUGUUUACAAAGGAACGCAUGGUGUCAUAUUGACCAUGGAUAUAUCAAAAAAUUGGACAUGGCUGUAUGUCCAACGCGAACUAGAAAAGAUACCAUACCAUAUACCUGUUCUUGUGAUGGCUAACUUUCGUGACAUGGGUGAUCAUAGAGUUGUUCCCACUGAUGAAAUAGUCGCUCACCUCGAGCAUCUUGAUCGGCCGAGUGGCUCAGCUGAGGUGUAUUUUACGGAGGCAUCAAUGAAACAUGGAUUUGGACUGCAGUUUAUUUACAGGUUUCUGAACAUGCCAUUUCUUAUAUUACAGAGGGAAACUUUACUACGACAACUAGAAGCUAAUACUUUGGAAAUCGAGGACACAAGAGAAAGUCUUAGCAUUGAUACUACGUCUAGUGAUCAGGAUUACGGAUUAUUUAAAGAUAUGAUGACGGAAACUCUAAAUCCAACUAUAUUAGAAAGUAAUUCAACCAAUCCAUCUCCUUCUGAACAAAGAAAAGAAGAACCUGCUCGAACCAGUACUGACGACACGGAAACACCAACACCAAAACCAACUCCAACGCAAUCGAAGAGUGACUCCACCCCGAAACAAUUGCCAGUAGCAACUGUCCCGCCAACAGUUCAUGUAACUGAAACACCAAAACCAAGUAUAUUUCAAGCAUACAAGGCGAAAUUGUUUGGCGGAGGUGAUGCGACACCUAAAAAAGAAGAAGUUAAAAUACCAAAAGAAAACUCAGAUGAUGCGCCUCCUAUAGAUGAUUUUAAUCCGGGUGAACUUGAUGAUGAUUUUCUUGCUGGUGGUGGCAGUGGCGUUUCAAGUCAAAACCGUCGAAUGAAAACGAUGUCAGAAAGUGAUGACGACGACGGCGGAAAUCCGAUGGUAGCUGGGUUUGAGGAUUUGGAAUCCGAUAACGAACCCGUAUUCGAACAGCAAUUCUCAAUAGAAGCAGACUUUGAUGACCUGAGCGAUGACGAGCGUACGAAACUGGAAGAAAGUGAAGUGUCAAUUAUUGCGCAAAUUAAAUCGAGUAAAGCAAAAAAUAAAAAACAAGAUACAGACUCACCCAUAGAUGAUAUUAUUCACGACACGCAAUCGUUAGCUGUUAGCGAAAAAAAGGAGUACGAUGAUAUCGAAGAAGACGGAGAGCAUGGAGGAGAGCAACGCGUAGAAGAAGCGAAAAGUGUUGUGGACACAAAUAUAUCUCUAGUUGAGCAAAAACAAGAUAACUCGAACACGGUUGCUUAUAUAACUAAUGACACCAGCCUUAAUACUGAUAAUAAAACGUCAAAGAAGAAGCGUGUUGAAAUAAAAAUAGAAAAUGUUUCACGUGUUCACCAGGAUAGCAAUAAGCAGGAGGGGGAGGAUGAGGAGGAGGAUGAGGUUUAUGUUAUUGCAGAUGAUGUUGACGUGGAAAAUGAAUGGAUGAAAAAUAAUGACGAAAGUGAUAACGAAAGUGACGUCGAGGUUAAAACAACGGAAAAGAAAGCAGCUGAACCGUCUGUUAACUCAACAGAAGCAGUGACGGAAAGUGUUACAGAUACUUCUUUGCAAUUUAAUGUAGACGAACUGGAAAUGUUUAUGACUAACCAGUUGCAGAGAAAUGUUGAGCCUGAGGUUGCUCCCUCUGAAGAAUCACCAAAAGUAAAAAAGAAGAAGAAAAAAAAGACCGCUACGAGUGAUGAAACAACAGAGACACCACCAAGUGAAAAGAAAAAGAAAAAGAAAAAGAAGGUUACAGAAGGAACUGAGAAUGAAACACCGGUGUCAACAAAAACUAAAAAAGUAAAAAGUUCAGAUACUUCUACGACUGAAAAGAAGAAGAAAAAAACUAAAAAAGCUCCACCGAAGUCAGAGUUAGACUCAUUCUUUGAUGAAAUGUGAUUUUUGAGUCAAAGUGGAGCCUUGUGACGAAAUCGUUGACACGUAAGCGUGUUCUUAUCUUUACACGUUAGUAACGAGAAAGUUAAGAUUGCAAGACGCGAAAAUAGCAAAUUGGCUGGACCUGGAGGCUAUGCGCUGGACGUUGAGGGAAGUUGAUAAUAAUUCAAAGAAGAAGAAAUAAGUUUAUUAGACAUGUUAUGAAUCCCUUCAAAAUACACGAGAUCUUGUGGCAGCUACUGCAUAUAUGGUCAACAUGAUUGUUCGAAGACGCUUAUUUUUCUUUUGUAUAUUAAAAAAAUGGAUUUAUUUUUACUCAUCAUAGUUAAAUAUGUAUUUUUAUCCGUACUUAUUAUCCAUACUUGUA